UUAGCUUAAACGUAGCUUAAAAUCCAUGGCAACCAUUGUCUCAAUAAUCGUUGCCAUGGAUUUUAAGCUACUCUUAAGCUAAGCCCCACUUAAAUUUGCCGGUGCAAACAGCCAUCAGUACUUAUGAAUAUACAUCGCGUGCAUGUGACGUCACGAUACAACAGCUGAUCGCUUGUAGGACAAACACUUCACUGCUCGCUAUACGUUUUAUGCAAAUUGUGGCCCUAAUUUUUAAAUUUUUGAAAUAGAAUUGAUUUGUUAAGUGUUGUAAUAUGUGCGAUAAAAGUGACUAUUUUAAUACUUUACCAACAGACGUUAAAAAUCGUUACUUGGACAAAAUUAAAUUAGUUAAUAAUGUAGAUCCUUAUUUAGUUAGUAUUGGUACAUGUUCAACAAACAUUAACGAUUUUCCUAGAGUUACGUAUUUCGAUAUCGUAAAUUAUUUAGUUUUUAAUAAAAGUGCGUACACACAAGAUGAGUUUAAGGCAUAUAAAAGCCUGGAGGCGUACAAUUUAUUCCAUUCUAAGUGGAUUAAAACAUUGUGUGUAAAGAAAAUCACAAACUCAGAUAAUGUUUUAUUACUUUCUGAGGUAUGUUGCCUAACAUUGUAUAGUAAUAUAUGUAUAUCUAUAGUUUUUUCUUUCUUGCAGGUCAUACAUUCACAAAGGUUAAAUUUACCUCCAGUUAGCCUUUGGUGUGUUGUAAAAAACAAUGGUGAAGUACUUACAGCACAUUGUACUUGUACUGCAGGUUUGGGGGAGUGCUGCAGUCAUGUAGGUGCCGCAUUAUUCGCAGUUGAAGCUGCUGUUCGGGAUACAGAGCCAAUCUCGGUCACUGGUGAAAAGGCCUACUGGAUGGUUCCAAACACAAACUUAGGUGUGCCUAGUAGUGUAGAAGAAGUGGAUUAUUCUGUGCAUAAACAUGAAAACAGUAGCACUUCAAGUAAUAGUGAUGUAGAUGAAAUAGGUGAUUUAGAAAAGGCAACCUUUUUGGAAAAGCUCAGUGCGCUGAAAAAUACCCCUGUGAUAUUAAAAGUUACAUCCCCAUAUUGUUUUACGUUACAACAGGAAAACCAAGAAGCGACAUAUCAACGUGGAAUUUUAAACAAUUUGUAUGAUCAAAAACAUGAAACCAAGACCUUGAACGAGCUAAUCGAAGUUGGGAAAACAAUUGAUUUUCAUCUAACUUCUGAUGAAUGUGCAAUCAUUCAAGAAAAAACAAUGGGGCAAGCAGCCUGUUGCAGAACUAAAUUAACAAAACCCGCAAUAAGCACAAUUAAGGCAAUCUGCUACAAGAAACCUUUUUUUUCAAAGCAGACCACUUAUGGAUGCUUGCAUGAAAAAGAUGCUAUAGAGGCAUAUAAAGCUUUCAUGCUUCCAAAACAUGAGAAUUUUGUAAUAAAAACGUCGGGGCUGAUAAUUAACUCAAUGUUUCCAUGUUUUGGUGCAAGCCCUGAUGGUCUGGUGAGUUGCGAUUGUUGUGGAUCUGGUUGUCUGGAAAUUAAAUGUCCAUACUGCGUGCGUGACAGCAAUGUUGAGGAAUUGGUUCACUUCAAGAACAUGUGUUUAAAAGCAAACGUACUGGAGGACAAUAUAUGGAGCAUCGACCUUGAUCAGAAUCACUCUUAUUUUCACCAAGUACAAAUGCAAAUGGCAGUUGCCGAAAGGUCAUACUGUGAUUUGGUUGUAUGGUCGAAGAAGAAUUUUUAUCUGGAAAGAGUGUAUAGUGACAAAACAUUUUGGGAAUGUGAGAGUGAAAAAGCAUUAGCAUUUUUUAAUAAUGUAAUAAUGCCUGAAUUACUUGGAAAGUAUUUUACAAGACUACUUCCUUUAAAACAAAUAUCUACAAACGUGCAAGAUAAUGUACCCACAUCUAAGCAUAAAGUAGGGCAACACGAUAUGAUUUGUUGUGCUAACAAAUACUGUAGUGUACAGUGGUACAGUUUAAAAGAUUUAAAGAAAAAAAGUGUACCGAAGGGUGUGUGGUAUUGUAAAAAAUGUGCAACACUUAAAUUUCGCAAAUGAUAUAUUUUGGAUUCAUUCAGACAUUUUUUUUACAGUUAAUCUUAUUCUUUCUGGAAUGUGAUACAUUAUAUUAUGUACUUGAUUGUUGUAGUGUAUCUAUCUUAUUUGUAUAUAUUGUAAAUUUUUUCUUAAAUUUAUGAACUUUAUUAAUAAUCAAUACCUUGUACAAGUUGAAAG